AUGCAGUUUUCAAGCAACACCGAUCGAAGAAAUCAUCGUCUCCACAAGACUAAAAUAAGAGCAACUCAUACUUUACAGUUCUAUUCUAAGCCGCCGAUUGACAAUAUCUCGCUAGAAGAUUUCGAAAGAUUUGCUAUCGAUCGAUUGAAAGUACUGAAAGGAAUAGAAAAUGCUCUCCUUCGUUAUCAAAAGAAUUCACCUGAAUAUGAACGAGAAAUGACGAAAUUAUACAAAGCUUUUCUACCUAACGUCGCUCGACAGGAGCUAGAUAAUGCGGACGUCAUUAAUCAGGAAAUCAGAAAGGAUCAUAUUUCUCAUUUUAUUCUCAGACUCGCGUAUUGCAGAUCAGAGAAUUUGCGUCGUUGGUUCUUAAUGCAUGAAAUGGAAUUAUUCAAAUAUCGAUUCAAUCAAGAAAGUGCUGGUGGGAUCGACAGUUUUUUGAAAGCCAACAAUCUGGAAUAUACACCGAUUCCAGAAAAUGAAAAAAUGUCCAUUAGGACAGAAUUAAUCCACAGUAAUCCAAUGCAGAAUGGAGCAGCUGUAGAAAGCAAAGAUUAUUAUAAGGUGCCUUUUACCGAAGCUUUAGACCUCGUGAAGCUAAGAAAAAUUUAUUUAAAGAAUGUGGGUAUCCAUUUACUGUUCUCUGCUCUUGUACAGCAUAUCCUAAAUAACGGGCAAGCAUACGUUCCUCGAGACGACCUAGUCACAAUUGUUAUUAGCGUUUUUCGUGCUAAUUUAUCCCACGCCUUAGCAAUGGCCUCUAAAGCUCUGCCAUUCCUUGAAGAAGAUGAUAGAAUACUACCAAAGUUAAGCAAUUUGAGUCGUCAAUAUAUAGGUAAAGAUUAUAGUGCACAACCUUCUCUAAGUGGACAAGUAGUGGCUGGAGAUAUUGACGGACUAUCUGCAAAGUCUUUUCCUUUAUGCAUGAAACAACUACAUGAAUCACUCCGAGAAAAUCACCAUUUAACUCAUGGUGGCAGGAUGCAGUAUGGCCUAUUUUUAAAAGGUAUCGGUUUAUCACUGGAAGAAGCAUUACGAUUUUGGCGAGAGGAGUUUACAAAAGGCCCAAAUAUAGAUGCUGACAAGUUUGACAAACAAUAUGCAUAUAAUAUACGACACAAUUAUGGUAAAGAAGGAAAACGUACAAACUAUACCCCAUACAGCUGUAUGAAGAUAAUUAUGUCCAAUCCUCCUGGACCUCGCGAUUAUCAUGGUUGCCCCUUUAGGCAUACCGAUCCGGAUUUAUUAAGACAACGUUUACUGUCGAAUGGUUUAUCUAGUGAGGGUGCGAAAGAGAUAACCGAAUUAGCUAAAGGUUCUCAUUACCAAUUAGCCUGUGUUCGAUACUACGAAUUAGUCCAUAAUGUUUCGGACGCUGGAUUUUCUAUUAAUCAUCCUAAUGAAUAUUUUGAAGAAAGUCAACGUGUACAAGGAGCAAAUCGGCCAAACACCCGCUUUGCAGCUAGGCGCAUAAAUACGACUACAAACACGUCGGAAACUGAAACCAAAUCAGUUACGAAAGAUGAAGAUAUAUUAUCGAAAACUGCCGAUUCCCUUGAUGAUGAAAUCGAUGAAUUCCUAUCUAAUUCAUUGGGUGAAAUUACUGAAUAA